AUGGUUUUUGGCCAUCUUCAUUGAAAAAAAACCCCUUAUAUAUAGCCCUAAUUUUCCCUGCAAUUAGCGCGUAAAUUCUCCAUAUCAAUUUGGUUGUUACAAGCUCAACAGAAUCAAGGGGCAAUAUCGUCAAUAGAAACAUAACGGAAUGAAAUUUUCAAACGCACAUUUCGAAAGUUUGUUACUCAACUGCUUCUUCUUCUUCGUCGAUUCUCUCUCGCUCUCUGAGUUGUGGUGGUGGUGGCAAUGGAGAAUCUGAUACAAUUGGUGAACAAAAUCCAAAGAGCAUGCACCGCGCUCGGCGAUCACGGCGAGGAGAGUGCCUUGCCCACUCUCUGGGAUGCCCUUCCCUCCAUCGCCGUCGUCGGAGGACAGAGUUCAGGGAAAUCUUCAGUGUUGGAGAGCAUUGUUGGGAAGGAUUUUUUGCCUCGUGGAUCUGGAAUUGUUACGCGGAGGCCUCUUGUUUUGCAGCUUCAUAAGAUUGAUGAUUCCAGAGAGUAUGCUGAAUUCAUGCACCUUCCAAGGAAGAGAUUUACUGAUUUUGCUGCUGUAAGACAAGAGAUAGCUGAUGAGACUGAUAGAGAAACAGGUCGCUCCAAGGGUAUUUCAUCAGUUCCCAUCCAUCUCAGUAUCUACUCUCCUAAUGUUGUCAAUCUGACACUGGUUGAUCUUCCGGGACUUACAAAAGUUGCUGUUGAGGGUCAACCAGAUAGCAUUGUGCAAGACAUUGAAAAUAUGGUUCGGGCCUUUAUCGAAAAGCCGAAUUGCAUCAUUUUGGCAAUAUCUCCUGCUAAUCAAGACCUUGCUACUUCAGAUGCAAUUAAGAUUUCCCGUGAAGUAGAUCCCAAAGGGGAAAGGACAUUUGGAGUUUUGACAAAGAUUGAUCUUAUGGACAAAGGUACUGAUGCAGUUGAAAUCCUUGAAGGUAGAUCAUAUAAGUUAAAUUACCCUUGGAUUGGUGUUGUUAAUCGCUCCCAAGCUGACAUCAACAAAAGUGUUGAUAUGAUUGCGGCUCGACGUAGAGAGAAUGAGUAUUUUGCAAACACCCCAGAAUAUAGACAUCUUGCUAGCAGGAUGGGCUCUGUGCAUCUAGGAAAGGUGAUGUCUAAGCAUUUAGAAACUGUUAUCAAGUCUCGGAUCCCAGGGCUUCAAUCACUCAUUAACAAGACUAUUAUUGAGUUGGAGACAGAAUUGACCCGUAUUGGGAAACCUAUUGCCGCUGAUACUGGAGGGAAGUUGUACAUGGUAAUGGAAAUCUGUCGAACUUUUGAUCAGAUAUUUAAAGAUCAUCUUGAUGGCAUACGAUCUGGUGGUGAGAAAAUUUACCAAGUAUUUGAUAAUCAAUUUCCAGCAGCUCUAAAAAGGCUGCAGUUUGACAAGCAUCUAUCAAUGGACACUGUACGCAAACUAAUAACUGAAGCAGAUGGGUAUCAACCUCAUCUCAUUGCUCCUGAGCAAGGAUAUCGCCGACUUAUUGAAUCUUGCAUAGUAUCAAUGAGAGGCCCUGCUGAAGCAGCAGUUGAUGCUGUUCAUGGAAUUCUGAAGGAUAUGAUUCACAAGUCUAUGAGUGAGACAAUGGAAUUAAAGCAGUACCCUACCUUGAAAGUCGAGCUCGGAAGUGCAGCUGUUGAUUCACUGGAAAGGAUGAGAGAAGAAAGUAAGAAAGCAACUCUGCAAUUAGUAGACAUGGAAUGUGGUUAUUUGACAGUUGAAUUCUUUCGCAAACUUCCUCAAGACGCAGAGAAGGGCGGAAAUCCAACCCACUCACUUUUUGACAGAUAUAAUGAUGCUUAUCUUCGUCGAAUUGCUACCACUGUCUUGUCAUAUGUGAACAUGGUAUGUGGGAGUCUAAGGCAUACCAUUCCCAAGUCUGUAGUUUAUUGUCAAGUGCGGGAAGCAAAGCGCAGUUUACUGGAUCAUUUCUUCACAGAGUUGGGGAAAAAAGAGGGUAAACAACUAGCUGCAUUGCUGAAUGAGGAUCCAGCAAUCAUGCAGCAAAGGACCUCACUUUCUAAGAGGUUAGAGCUGUAUAGAAGUGCCCAAUCAGAAAUUGAGGCUGUUGCAUGGGACAAGUAAAAAAGAAUAUUGUAGUUAUAUUUUUUCUGGCACGGGUCAGUGAAGUUAUUUUCACCGAAUAAGGCUAUGCUCCUACGUUUGUUUUUUUUCUUCUGGUGUAAUUCAUUUUCGUAUUCACUUAUUUACUACAUUGUUAAAAUCUGUGCUCAUUCUUUUUGUGGAAGGAAGAAAAUGGAUGAUAAUAGUUAAGAGUUGGAUGAACUAAAGUGAUGAACAAACUCUGCUUUUUGUGGAGCUCUUAUGAAUAAAUUAACUAUAUAGUGAUAAUUCUGAGUUAACUUCUACUGAGGUAGACACAUAUUCAACAACAAAAAUUGUAGUUGUUGGAUUCGGUUAUUUCUACCAACUAUUCAGCAAAAAUUAGCAGUGUAUAAAUUCUGCUAGUCUUAAUAUUGGGAACAAAUUUAU